GGCUCAGCUUCAGCUUCUCAGCUUCAGUGAAACAUCGUCAGGUCAGAUCACUGAGAAGAACAAUGGAAGGCACAUCUCACUGUCUGAUCUUUCUGAUCUUCUUGCUGAGCUGCUCAACAGAUCCAGUCCUCCCGGUUCGUCUGACUGUGAGUCCCAGCAGAUCUCAGUUCUUUCUAUAUGAACCUGUGAUUCUGACCUGUGAGGAUGAAAACAGAUCUGAUGGAUGGACUGUGAGGAGAAACACAAGCAGAGAGAUCAGGAACCGAUGUGGAGAUGGAUUUGGUAACUUAGCUGUUUCUACCUGCACCAUCAGUUACCUGUAUCCAUCAGAUACUGGUCUGUACUGGUGUGAGUCCAUGUCUGGAUCCUCCAGCAGCAGCAGCAGCAUCCAGCUCUCUGUCUCUGGUGGAUCAGUGAUCCUGCAGAGUCCUGUCCUCCCUGUGAUGGAGGGAGAUGACGUCACUCUGAGCUGCAGAGCAAAGAAUCAAACCCACAACCUCCCAGCUGCUUUCUAUAAAGAUGGCUCCUUCAUUGGUGAUGAAACUACUGGCAACAAGAUUCUCAACUCAGUGAAGAAAUCUGAUGAAGGCCUCUAUAAAUGUAAUGUCAAAGGUCAUGGAGAGUCUCCAUCCAGCAGGAUCUCUGUCAAAGAGAAACCUCCAACCACCUCUCCACCUUCCUCCUCCUCCUCUCCACCUUCCUCCUCCUCCUCUUCCUCAGGUGAGCAGCUUCUCCUUCAGCUCUGAGUCUUGAUGUUUACAGCAGACGGUUAUU